UCGUAUAUCCGUUCUUGUACCUCUUGCUUUCUCCGUCAUUUAACAUAUAAGAAAAUGUCAUUCAGUAUGGAUGAAAUAAAAAAAGCGCUGGAUUCGUCAGAAAAGCCAAGUAGUCCCCUGGAAUCCUUGGAUCUCGAGGGCAUCGCUAAAUACAUAAGCACUGGCAAAGCUAAAAACAUAAUCACUGCUGUUGGUGCGGGAAUUUCAACAUCCGCUGGAAUUCCCGAUUUUCGCAGUCCCAAAACUGGUCUCUAUAGCAAUUUGGAUGAAUAUGGUUUAGAUGACCCAAUGGACGUAUUUGACCUGAAUUUCUUUGAAGACAACCCGGAGCCUUUCUUUAAAGUCGCCAAAAGUCUUUACCACCCCAAUGCUAAACCCACUCUUGCACAUUACUUCAUUAAACUAUUAAAUGAUAAAGGUCUUCUUUUGCGAGAUUACACACAGAAUAUUGAUAUGUUGGAGCGUACUGCUGGUAUUCCAGAAGAAAAGUUGAUUGAAGCUCAUGGAUCGUAUAACACUGGGCGCUGCUUAAAGUGCAAAAAGAAAUAUCCAUUUGAAUAUUUCAAAAAAUCCAUUUUGGAGCAAAAAGUUCCCACUUGUUCUAAGGAGAAUUGUGACGAAGUCAUAAAACCUGACAUUGUGUUCUUUGGUGAGGAUCUUCCUAAAAGAUAUUAUAAGGGGGUUCAAAAGGACUUUAGAAAGUGUGACCUCUUGAUCAUAAUGGGAACUUCGCUCAAAGUGGCUCCAUUCAAUCAUGUUAUUGAUUAUCCCAACAGUAAGGUCCCUCGUCUUCUUAUCAAUCGGGAACUUAGUGAGAAUUCUCGCGCUAUUAAGCCACUUAAAUGUGGCGAAGAAGACAACCUAAGAGACGUCUUCUUCCAAGGAGACUCUGACGAUGGAUGCCUCAGGUUGGCCGAAUUGCUUGGAUGGAAGAAUGAUCUCUUACAAUUACAAGAAACUCGAAAUAAGGAAUUGGACGAAAAAUUCGCCGAGGAAUCGAGGCAAUCAGAGAAUUAUCAGCCAAUAUUUGCCGCCAGUUUUAAUAUAACUCACUUGGCCAACGUUGUUUGUAUCUUUCAGCACACUUUUUAUUACUCAAAAUUAGCUCUGAUCUCAAUGGAUGCAAUAAGAAAUGCCCUUGGUCUUUCACGCACUGAUUGUGCUCUGGAAUCUUUGGAUCUAGAAGGCGUUGCAAAUUUAAUUAAAGAAGGCAAGGUACGCAAUAUAAUCACCGCUGUUGGUGCCGGUAUAUCAACCUCUGCUGGAAUCCCUGACUUUCGUAGUCCUAGUACCGGAGUUUAUGAUAAUUUAGAAGAGUUUGACCUUCCUAGUUCGAUGGCUAUCUUUGAUAUAGGCUACUUUCAACGUAAUCCAAAACCAUUUUUCGAGGUUGCUCGUAGACUUUAUCGGCCAUAUGCGAAGCCCACAACAGCACAUUAUUUUAUCAGACUUCUUGAAGAGAAGGGCUUACUUCUUCGACAUUAUACUCAAAAUGUAGAUCAGCUUGAGCGUAUAUCAGGACUUCCAGAAGAUAAAUUGGUGGAGGCUCAUGGUUCAUUCCAUACUGGUCAUUGCUUGACCUGUCGCAAAGAAUACCCCUUUGAGUAUUUCAAAGCUCGAAUUCUCGACAACGAGGUUCCAAAAUGUUUAUUACCACAUUGUGGUGGUGUUGUUAAGCCUGAUGUGGUGUUAUUUGGCGAAGGUCUACCAUGCAAAUUUACGCAAGGCGUCAGCAAAGAUUUGCCCAAGUGUGACCUCCUUAUUAUAAUUGGUACAUCAUUACAAGUACUUCCGUUCUGCGGAAUCAUUAACUGCACGCGAAAAGGCGUCCCUCGACUCUACUUAAAUCGUGAAUACACUUCUGGUUCAAUAUCGGUGAAUUUUGUAGCACUUUUCUUGUCUGUUUCAGCUCAGUUCGUGCAUAACCUUAGUGAUAAGAUUUUUGGCUUCGUUUCCUUCAUAAUGAAGUGGAUGGUUGCUGGAAUGAGGAGUAGACCCCUACAAUGUGGAGUUCCAGGAAACAAGACAGAUGUCUUUGUAAAGGGGGAUGCGGAUGAGUUAUGUCUUCGAUUUGCUGAACUCCUUGGUUGGAAGGAUGAACUUCUGAACCUGCAAUCAACCAGGAAUGCGGAAUUAGAUCGAGAAUUCGAAGAGGAACGACAAAAAUCCUCACAUUAA